GUCUCUCUGUUUUUCUUUGUUACGUAUCUGUACUUUGUUUUCAAACAUAAAAAUAAAAGAUAUCUUUUGUUGAUGUUUUCUUCUUGAAGAUUUUCUACAGCUAUUUUUCUUUUCCUAAUUAAAUAAUUCUUGAGAAUUUCAAAACCCUCUGCAAAACAGAUAAUUCGAGUUUUGGUUUCUUCAUCUGUGUUUUGAUUUUUUCGUCUUUUUGUCUUAACACAUAAAUUUCUUUUACUACUUCUUCGUAGAUGACUUCUCAUGUUCCAAAACAUCCUCGUAAAUGUACUCUUUCUUUCUCUCUUUCGCGCACACACACACACGUGUUUAAUCUGUGUUGUUCUUACAAGUCUUUUUAACUUUUGCGCUUGACCUUUAUCUGAAUCCUGUGUGUGUGUAAAUAUAUAUAUAUCUGUUUCUUGUGAUUAGACUCAUAUGUCUUAUCUUCAAUAAUAACCUAUAAAUAUAUAUAAAUCAGUCACGCCUAGUUGUUAGUUUUUUUAUCGGUACGACUAAAUAUUCAGACAUCAGUUCACGUUUCAAACCUGUCUCUUCACAUCGUUAAGAAAAUAAAGCCAUUAAAAAGAUUACUUACUAAUCCAUUGAAGAUAUGGUGAAGAAUCUUAAAGUGGAUCCUCUUGCUAAGGUCACUGCCUCCACCACUUCCAUGGUUUCUGCAAAAGAGAAUAAGAAUCAGUCAGAGCCAUCAUAUUAUGAAACUCUGGAGACAUAUCAAGGCCUGCCUUGUCCUUAUGGAGGCUACUAUGGAUUCUACUAUCCAGGUCUUGAUGGUUCAGUUGGUGAAGUAAAGGAUAAUGGAUACUAUGGUUAUGGAACAGAAGUUCAGUACCCGGUUCUGCAAGGAGAAAAUGGAUCUUUGAUCUACUUGAUGCCAGGGUUUCAAUCUUAUGAUGCUAGUCAAACUUAUAUGCCUAUAAGCCCGGUUGGUGUAUCGAGUCAAGCACUUCAUUCGCCGAUGUAUGCAGCUCAAGGUUAUUAUCAGAACCAAUUUGGUUAUGGAGACGUUGCAUCACCGACCUAUUUAUGGGACCCUGUUGGAGACAAGUAUGUGUAUGGUGUUGCUUCAAAUACCCCACCCUUGAAACAGAACAUAUCUUCUUCAAGUCAUAAUCACAACAAUUAUUACUCGAAGAGCAAGAACUCCUUCACGGGUCACGGCAUGGGAGAUCGUCCUAAAACACCGCGAAAAAACAGCUAUGCUCCACUCCCACUGCAUAACCAAGAAAGAGGUCGCAUUGCUUACCCGAUGGACCCGGUAAAGAAAAAGUCUGGAGCUUUAAAUCGGGAUGAAACAGAGAAGGCGAAAGCGAGGAACAAAGAAAAUGGUAAUAGCGUAAAUGACUUAGCAAACGGUCAAAAUCAUAUUACCAAUGGAGAAUGUGAAUCUUGUUCGUUGGAUGCUGAAGGGAAUGAAAGAAGUAACGGUGUUGGUUCUGUGAUCAGAAGGGAUCAAUAUAACCUCACCAGCUUUCAGACCAAAUACGAGGAAGCAAUCUUUUUUGUGAUAAAAUCGUAUAGCGAAGACGACAUACACAAGAGCAUCAAGUACAAUGUCUGGUCUAGUACUCUCAAUGGGAACAAGAAGUUAGAUAGUGCAUAUCAAGAAUCUCAGAAGAGGAUUGCAGACAAAAGUGGAAAGUGCCCGGUUUUCCUAUUCUUCUCGGUGAAUGCAAGUGGCCAAUUCUGCGGUGUAGCUGAGAUGAUGGGACGAGUUGAUUAUGAGAAAAGCAUGGAGUUCUGGCAACAAGAUAAGUGGACUGGCUAUUUUCCGGUCAAGUGGCACAUCAUCAAAGAUGUUCCAAAUCCGCAAUUACGACAUAUCAUACUAGAGAACAAUGAGAACAAGCCUGUUACCAAUAGCAGAGACACACAAGAGGUGAGGUUGCCACAAGGGAAUGAAGUGUUGAACAUCUUCAAGAACUAUGCAGCAAAGACAUCUAUAUUAGAUGAUUUUGAUUUUUAUGAAAACAGAGAGAAGGUUAUGGUACAGAAGAAGCUAAGGUUCCCUCCGGUAUUAAAGAAGAAAGAAGAAGACUUGGUUGCUGAUUUUAAAACAAUGGCGAUAUCUAAUACAGUCGAGGGAAACACAGAGUUACCGGGGACAGUGAACUAACUAGAAGAACAUGUAGUGUUUUUGGUUUGGUUCUUUUGUUAAGGAUCAAUAUAAACCGUCCGAUUGUUUCGGAUUGCUUUGAUUUUAUUACAAGCGAGUUGGCUUCUUGUUGUAUUGUUUCGUUGUAUGGUGUAAUGUUGGGUUUUUCUUCACCUUUUUUUUUUUGGUUUU